AUGGACAUCGGCUCGGCAAUUUUAAUAAUUGGCUUCGCUGCUCUUGUUGCAGCCUUCCUUCUUCUGGUAAUUGGACUUGUGUACGCUGAGCUGAUGAAUUCAGACGUUCCUUGUGGGGUUGCAAAUAGAGGGAAACUGCGCAUGGUUCAUGGAUUGUUUGUUGGUAUUGCAGUCGUGGCUCGGAUCCUACAUCGGCUGGGCAUUUGUCAUCAGGUUAGCUUUACCCGAUGGUUCGUGGCCUGUUUUCUCUCUCACCUGAAACAAGUUCCCGCUGGUCUGCGAGUGAAGGACAUGACAUUCUCAGAGGUGCCAGUGCGAGUAUAUGAACCUACCUCUGUGUGUGACGGCUUGAGGAGAGGUCUAAUGUAUUUCCAUGGAGGCGGAUGGAUAUUGGGAAGUAUAGAUUCUGUUGAUGAAGUGUGUCGGCAUAUUGCCAUUGAAUCUGACACCACUGUGAUAUCUGUUGGAUACCGAUUAGCCCCUGAGCACAGGUAUCCUGCCCAGCUGGAUGAUUGUGAGAAAGCAACGUGUCACUUCCUGUCUGUGGCUGAGACAGAGUUCGGGGUGGACUCUCACAGAGUGGCAGUUGGAGGGGACAGCACUGGGGCUAACCUGGCAGCAGCACUGUGCCAAAGGCUGGCGUGCAGUGAGGACCGACAUCUGCCAUUCCCUUGCGCUCAGGUCCUCAUUUACCCAGCCCUGCAGAUGGCAGAUUUCAACUUGCCUUCCUACCAGCAAAAUCAUGCUGUGCCCAUAUUGUUUCGUGGCCGGAUGGCAUUCUACUUCCUGCAAUAUCUCAAUGGAGAUGUUUCUCUGUGCCAAGAAGUGCUGGAAGGUAACCAUGUCCCCACUGAGCUCAGGCCACGCUACGAACUAUGGUUAUCCCCUUCCAACUUACCUCCUGAGUGCCUCACACGUGGUUUCUAUAAGCACCCAAGCCCAGAAUAUGAUGGGGAGGUGUAUCACGCAAUUAAAGAGGGUUUGGAACCUGAGGUUUCCCCUUUACUGGCAGACGAUGCUCUCAUUCAGAAAACCCCGCGAACCUUCAUCCUUACCUGUGAAUAUGAUGUCCUGAGGGAUGAUGGGAUUCUUUACAGGAAGCGACUUCUGGACCUGGGAAAGGAUGUCACCUGGCAGCAUGUGCUAGAUGGCUUUCAUGGCAUGAUUAACUUUUUUAACCAGGGCUGGCUCACAUUUCCCUCUGCAGUGCAAGUUGUGGAUGGUGCUGUUCACUAUAUAAAAACACUGUGAGGGUAAUAAAUAAGAUCCUGCAAUAAACUUUAUUCUACUUCCCAUCUUGUCUUACAUUUGAAUAAACAAAUGU